AUCGAGACCAUUGAAUUGAAACUCGGGGAAGGACACGUGAACAAUUACAUCUCAUGCAACACUAAUGACCGAUUGGUAGGGUGGCCGCCGGUGAGUACGGCGAGGCAGAGGAAACACGUGAAAGUUGUGGUGGAUGGUGCGGCCUAUCUCAGAAAGUCGAUCUAG